GAUAACACAGAAGAUGUCGGAAAGAAGAGACGGCCAGUGAAAGAAGACUUCGUUCAGCUGCCACAGCCGCUGAAGAAACAGAAAGCGACUGCUCAGCAACAUAUGUUCCCUCCAAUCAUAGUAGGUUUACUGGAGCCGCCAUCCGACGCUUCUCUAUUCCCACCAAUCUCCUCCGGAUCCUUCGACAACCGCCCGCAUUCCGAGCCUCCGCAGGCUCUCAGCAUAACUAAGCCUCCCGAUAUAUCGGAGACGGUAGAGGAAAAGACAAACCCGAGUCCUCCGCCCGAGCCCGAGCGAACACCAACGGGAAAAGUCAAGCGGCGGGCUGCCAAGCCACGUCGCAAGUGGUCCGAAGAAGAGACCAAUCACUUACUGUUGGGUGUGAGCAAACAUGGUGUCGGAAGAUGGACGGAUAUAUUGGAAGAUCCGGAGUAUAGGUUUAACGAUAGGACGGCGGGAGACUUGAAAGAUAGGUUUCGUACUUGUUGUCCCGAGGAACUACGUGCCAGCCCGGCAGCUAGAAGUGAUACGCCCAAAGAGAAACAAUCGGUUGUGAAUGCUAGAGGAAGACCAAGGAAAGGUCUUAUGUCCGAGAAUAUUCUCAACGAAACAGAAGAGGAGGCCGAGAUCGAACAGGCCCAAUCAGGUCCGAAUGAUUCUGAUCCUACGCCAGCCAGGCAGCGCAAGAGCCGGGCCCAUCGGAAGAAGAUGGAAGACCUGGUCGAACUAGGUAUUAGAGGCCCAUUCAAAAAAUCGCACCGUAGGGAACGACGCCCAUUUUCCGAGCAGGAUGAUAGGGAAAUACUGGAAGGAUUUGAACUUUAUGGCCCUCAGUGGACGAAGAUCCAGAGGGAUUCGAGAUUCAACCUAUCUACUAGACAACCGACGGAUCUACGUGAUAGACUACGUAAUAAGUAUCCCGAGAAAUUUGCAGGUACGGAAAAGACGGCUUUAGGAGUGAGGGAGCCAGGGCGGGGCAAUAGUCUGAUGGAGCCCUCAGUCAAUAUGGCUAUCGAGAAUUCUUUACAUGUUUCCAAGUCGGCCUUGCUCGAGCCACAACUUAAUCGAGCCAACUCAAAAGAAGACAUACCGAGGUGGCCAAUGCCUUCUAAUCUUGUCGAGACUGGGGAAGCACCCCAGCAACAUCAUCCAGGCAUCUACUGGAACGAAGCAUCCGGCACAGGCUUUACUUCGGGGACUAUGGGGGAGAUGGACAUAUCACGUCUUCUUCUUGAUGAUACGCAAGCCACAAACGAGCCGCCUUCGGAGAGGCGUGGUCUAGGAUGACAUGUACCAACUACAUUGGAGGAAGUCUACUAUUCAACACGCCCGAGAAGGUCUGGGGAGCUCAUAGCAACUGCAGAUAUGACAGGGAUAAUAUCGUAGCGAUUAACGUUAAUCGUCGAGACGGAUAGACUACGAGGUACCCGAAGGUGUGAGGAAGAAUUGAAGUCAGUACUUACCAUAACUCGACCCAAGUUUAUGUCGAGGGCGUACUUUGAGAUGGGUUACAACCCAAUUUCAUGCUACUUUCAGCAUGAUGCUCCUGUCGUUACAGAAUGGCCAUGUGCAAUAUUAGUUGUAUUAGCAGUUGGGGAAGCGAAUCUAACGAACAGGUAUGAUACACGCGUGGAAUGAAGGAAAGAAAAUGCGGCUUGCGAAAGCAGCUGAAGAUUCGAUUUUUAUCUCUAGGUAGCAGCAAGCUUGUCCUGGGAGUUGCUUCUCGUUGAUUGUUCGCACAAGAUGAGCGCGAUUCUGAGAAUCUACCGUACUCUACAAGCUCUUGGAUAUAAGCCAUAAAUUAUAAUAUGUAACUGCCCCAUACCAAUUACUAAAAUGUAAAGAUCCAAACAUUCAUACUUGGCGUAACAUCUAUUUUUUUUGACUUACGUGGCAUAUAAGAGAUGGGCGCAACUCACAGAUUACAUACACCUG